AUGGAUUCGAAUAUCUCAAUGUUACCUGUAUUUCAACGAAUCAGCCGUCGAACUACGAGCCUACGAUCAAGACAGCAACGAUCUCUGGAUAUUGUCGAUGAAGGCAGAGAAGCCAGUUCCCAGUCGACUGGAUUACUGAGCAAAGUGUCAUCAGCUAUUGGAUCGCAGAAAGGACUUCGAAGAAGCUUCAGUGCUCGAACCUUCCGCUCUUCAGCGACCGGUGGAUCCAACGAGACGGGGUAUAUGCGGAAGAAGCGAAGCGACGAAAGUAUUGAGCCAAUGACGAGAACGAUGAGCAAGAAGGAGAAAUAUUUUUCGGAACAAACCGAUAAGAAUAUUUUCAUGAAAUUGAUCCAUCCGAGCUAUCAAAUGAGAAAUCAACAGUUUAAGAAGUUGUUUGUCGAUAAGGGGCAUGUUGAACAAAGCGAUGUUUUUCUUGCAUCAUACUCAUGCGCUUAUCAACGCGAGAUUUUGGCCCAAGGUCGUAUGUUCAUUUGUCAGUCCACAGUAUGCUUCUACGCCAACAUUUUCGGUUGGGAGACGGUUCUUGUAAUACCAGUCGCCGAAAUUGAAGCGAUCACAAAACGAAGAGCAGCAUUGAUUUUUCCGAAUUCGAUUCAAAUCGAGAAGAAAACUGGCGACAAGUUCUUUUUUGCCUCUUUUGCAAAUCGCGAUAAAUCUCUUUCAAUUCUUAAGGCGGUUUUUGAGAGUGUUAAGGAGGGAAAGAAAAUGACACCUGAGGAUGUUUGGGAAAUGCUUAACCACGAAGACGAAAAGAUGAUCGAUAGUAGUCGAACUUCCACCACUAGAAGUACAGAAGCCACACGCGACAAUAUCUCACAAAGUUCUUCGGGAAGUGCGGGACAUUCCACCGAUGACGAUUAUCCCGAAGUUAGUUUCGAAGGCGAAAUGGAAACCGAAAAUUCCGAAGUUGUUGUGGCUUAUGAGGGAUAUGAAGAAGAAGCUUCUUGUCAAUGCAAUGAGCACGUCGGAAGAUUGAUCAUGGAUGCUGUAUUUCCGAUCUCGGUCUCAAAAAUUUAUAAUCUCCUCUACACAAACAGCCAAUUUGCCGAAAAGUUCAAUAGAGAGCUGAAAAACAAAGACUAUGUUGCGUCUGAAUGGAUUCGCGAUCGAGAAGGAAACGAUACUAGAAAUUGUACAUACGCUGUUUCGCUGAAUCAUGCCAUGGCACCGAAAAAUAUUAUAGUCAACGAGCGACAAGUGCUCACUUAUUUCCCUAAUAAAGAAGAUGGUUUUAAAGUGAUGAAAGACACUCAAAAUUCUGGGGUUCCGUACGCCGAUCACUUCACCGUUCAAUGUCUCUGCUGCUUUACGCGAGUCGACAGAAAUACGGUGCGCGUUCGUGUGCACGGUGGAAUCCAUUACAAAAAAAAUGUGUGGAAUCUGGUCAAAGGCUACAUCGAAAAAGGAACGCAUCAAGGCCUCGACGAUCACUACAAUCUGCUCGAACGGCUGCUCAAGGAAGAGUGUGAGCGCGUGAAUUCGAGUAGUGAUUCGACGGUCACGGUUGUCCGCCAAAGGAAACGCGAGUCCAAGAUCGAGAAGCGACUCAGCGGCGGUGGAGAACAAAUAGUGCAGAAAAAGAUAAUCGAACCACAACAGUCUGUCACACCUGCGCCAAAUGUCACUCCAACAAUUCAUGUGCCUGAUUAUUCCAAUUACUUCAAGAUCGGCCUUGCCAUGCUGGCUUUUGUAAUUAUAUUGCUGAUCAUGAUUUGGCGGAACGUUGCCGUUCUCACUCUCAUAUGGAAAUAUCAUCUCUUCUUCACCAACUCAAGGAGCUCAGGAGUAAGCUCGAUUCAAGGAAUUCCGAUAAUUCGUGAUGCGGCUCAAUAA